GUCGUAAGGACAGCAUAAUAUUAGGCCAUCAUCCACAGAAAGCAUAUUUGCGGUGCCGGUUUCAAGUUAGAAAAUCGGAGUCUGAUUGCUUCCAGAAACUUCAUACUGGCUACCUUGCAUCCGUUGUCGAUAUUAUAUCAGGCUUGGAUCUGCUCAGGCACGGAUUCGCCAAUCAUGUAACCGUGGAUUUAAGUAUUUCGUAA